UAGACAGCUUAUUUUAUACAACAUGGUCAAAACAUCUUUUGUUUUCGCUGCUGCUGCCACCGCCUUCCUUACUCUUGUUCAAGCCAAGAGCGAUGUUGUUGACUUGAGUGCCAGCACCUUCGACUCUCACAUCAAGAAGGAGGAAGUUACUUUGGUCGAGUUCUUCGCCCCUUGGUGCGGUCACUGCAAGGCUCUUGCUCCCGAGUACGAGAUUGCUGCCACCACCCUUAAGAAGGACAAUAUCAAGAUCGCCAAGGUCGAUUGUACCGUUGAACAAGACCUUUGCAGUAGCCAGAAUGUCCAAGGCUACCCCACCCUCAAGGUUUUCCGAAGCGGUAGCCCUGCUGACUACUCUGGACCUCGUAAGGCUGAUGGUAUUGUCAGCUAUAUGUUGAAGCAAACCCAACCUCCUCUCACCAACCUCGAUGCAAAGACUUACAGCGACUUUAAGACUUCCGACAAGGUUGUUGCCAUCGCAUAUAUUCCUGCCAAGGACAAGGACAGCCAAAAGAUUUUCGAACAAGUUGCCAACCAGCUUCGUGAUGAAUACACCUUUGGUCUUGUUACUGACAAGAAGAUCAUUGCUGCUGAAGGCCACCAGGAUACCCCAAGCAUUGCUAUCUACAAGCAAUCCGACAAUGAAGUUGUUUUCUCUGAUGCAUUUGAUCUUACUGAGAUUUCCCAAUGGGUCAAGCUUAACUCUCUCCCCACCUUUGGCGAGAUCGACGGAAACACCUUCUCAUCUUAUGCCGAUCUCGGUCUUCCCAUUGCUUACAGUUUCUACGAAAACGAGGAACAAGCUGAAGAGGUUGAGCGAGUUCUCAAGCCACUUGCUGAGAAGUACAAGGGAAAGAUCAGCUUCGUCAAGAUCGAUGGUUCCAAGUAUGGUCAACAUGCCCAGAACCUUGCCAUUCCUCAAGAAUAUCCUUCCUUCGGUAUCCAAAACCUCGAAGAUGGUAGCAAGUUCCCCUUGCUUAACAAGAAGGCCACCGAUGUCGAAGCCGUUGAUGAGUUGACUGCUUCUGUCACGGAUGGUACUGCCCAACCCCAUAUCAAAUCUGCUGUUGCUCCCCAGCCCAACGAUGGCCCCGUCAAGGUCGUCGUUGCCACUGAAUUCUCUGAUGUUGUCCUCGACCCCAAGAAGAAUGUCUUCUUGGAAGUCUAUGCUCCCUGGUGCGGACACUGCAAGACCUUGGCUCCUAUUUGGGAAGAGCUUGGUGAACUUUACGCUGACAGUGAUGACAUGGUCAUCGCUAAGAUGGACGGUACUGAGAACGAUGUUCCCCCUGAAGGCGGUUUCCAGAUCUCUGGUUUCCCUACCUUGAAGUUCUUCAAGGCUGACACCAACGAAAUGAUUGACUUCAAUGGCGACCGAAGUUUGGAAGGAUUGCAGGCUUUCAUCGCUGAGGUGACUGGCGAAAAGGCUGAUGAGGAGCUCGAACAAACUGAGGAAGCUGCUCCAGCAGACGAAGAUGCUAAGGAACAGCACGAUGAACUUUAAAUGUAACUUUUACAUGAUCCCAAAACCCCCCCUCCCCUCAACUCCCAGAAACCAAAAAAAAAGCAGAAAAUUUGCUACCCUUUCCCUGAUUCAUAAUGUACAAGUUAUUGUUUUGGCUUACACCAUAUUUGCUAUGGUUUCCCCCAAAUGCAAAAUGAUUCAAAAACUAUAAAUAUACAUUUUCCGUUUUGCAAGCAAGCUAAAUAUAUUUUGAUAAAGGGUUUCUAAUCAUUGCGUGCAA